AUGUACGAAGGGAUUGACAACCUGAAAUCCCUUUACGACCGUGCCGGGAAGACUUUCUCCGGCGGUACUUCUGCGGCACAGGAUGUGCCGCGUCGUACUGCUCAACCAGACCCAGUACGUCAACCAUCAGUUGGGAGCGGGGCUCCCAAGAAUCCCAGGACGGGGGAUAGCCGCGCCACCGGACGAGGUAACUCGUCCGACGUCCGUUCACGUCGCGGUGGUUCAACAGCUGCUCAACUAGAUAGCGCUGGCCACCGCGAGAGUCCUCUAAUGGAGGUGGAGGAGGAGGAAAGACGCUCUCCACACGAUCAUGUGGAUCGGUGUGUUCCCGAGAGCAUCUUUGAUCGCGUAACGCAAGGGUUACGCGACGAUCUCGAGCAUGAGCGGAAUAGGCGUCUCCAGAUGGUGGACACUGCCUCGAAGCAUCGAGCUGAGUUUGCCUUUGCUCAGCUUGAGAACGAGAGAUCUCUGACAUCUCUUCGUGACGAGCUAAGGGUAGCUCGUGGGAUUGUUGAUCGGUCUCGGGCUGAGAUAACUGCUCUUCAGACCCUUGUUGAUGCCCACCAUCGGGAGCACAAGGCUCUCUGCGAGAUGCUUGAGCGCAAGGGCGUUCUUCAUCGGAAGAAGCAGCGUACUGAUGGUACGGCUUAA